AGUAAACUGUCAGUUUGAGAUUUUUGAGGUCGGUGCGGUAUUUAAUAUUUACGAUAAAAUUAACCUCUCUUGGGGAAUACUUGUCCCCACGGAAUCCCUGAAAAAACAAUAGUAGAACACCUAUGUUCUAGCUAAAUAAAUUUCCACUUGAUAUUGGCACUAAACAAUUAGGAAGAAAUAUAACCUCGAAAUCGUGAGUUUCCAAAACCAAAACCAAGUCAUUACAAGAAACACAAGAAGGAGAAGGAGAUCUCUCUGUAAUUAUUAAAACAAAUUAAAGUUUUAAAGGUCAAGUGUUGAUCCGUUAUUUGCUAGAAUAAGUCGCCAAAACUAUGUCUACUACGGGGGCAGGUAUAUGCGUUAUCAAAGAAGAAUUUGUAGUAAAAAGACCAGAUAAGAAUACUGUAAUUUUAGAAAGUGGUCCUCUUAAGCACAAAUUAGAUGACGACAUUGAAUCUGACGCCACUGAUCCAAAAAAACCCAAAGGGGACGAAGAACAAUGUUUUAAAAGCAAAAAUAAAAGUAGAGGUCAAAAUAAGGCUAGACCAAAGACUUACAGAGAUGACAAGGAGAGCAAACCUUGUCCUACUAUUGUGAGUGCUAAAUCUGCUGAUGAACUAAUUCAAUGUCAGUUUAAUAAUUGUAAAUUCAUGCAUAGUCCAUUAGAUUACCUCAAAGUAAAACCAAAGGAUAUAACUAACAAGUGCCAUCUUUAUGAUCUACGAGGGAGAUGCCCACGAGGGAUAUCUUGUCGAUUUGGAUCAAGUCAUAUUACUCCAGAAGGAUUUAAUAAAGUCGAUGAAGAAAAAUUUGCAUUAUGGAAAGACGACACCAAAAACACACUUCAACAAACUUUACAAAUUCAACUUCAAAAAAAGAAAUAUGAUUUGAGUUUCGCAGAGAAAUUAGUCAAGAUGAUGGAUACUAGAAAUAAACCUAAACAUCAAGAAGAUGGAAACAAUGCAAAUACCACUGAACAUGAUAAUGCUAAUGAGAAUGGCAAAGCCAGUGGGGCCAUUACGGAUGAAGACAUAAUUAAGCUUCUGCCAAGAGAGAAAAAACUUAUUGAUUGGCGUGAUAAAUUGUACCUCAGCCCUCUUACUACCGUGGGGAACCUACCGUUCAGGAGGAUUUGCAAAACAUUUGGUGUAGACAUCACCUGUGGAGAGAUGGCUCUGUGUGAGUCACUUCUCAAAGGAACGAAGCAAGAAUGGGCAUUAGUUAAAAGACAUGAAACAGAAGACUUAUUUGGAGCCCAAAUAUGUGGAAAUAAUGUUUAUCAAAUUACAAAAGUUUCCCAAUUGCUGCAAGAAAACACUGAGCUAGAUUUUAUAGAUUUGAAUGUGGGUUGUCCCAUUGACCUAAUUUAUAAGAAAGGUGGUGGUAGUGGAAUGAUGCAUAGAUUGCCAACAUUAGAAGCUUCAAUCAGAUGUGCUUCCAAAAUUCUUAGUGUACCUUUCACAGUUAAAAUCAGAACAGGAGUAUAUCAGUCCAAAAAAAUUGCUCACACACUUGUCCCUAAGAUUUAUGAAGCAGGAGCAUCCCUCAUUACUCUACAUGGAAGGUCCAGGGAAGCCAGAUAUACUAAAUCAGCAGACUGGGAAUAUAUUGAAACAUGCGCUCAGGCUGCUAAGCCUUGCCCUGUUUUUGGUAAUGGUGAUAUUCUUACUUAUGAUGACUACAUUCAAAGAAGGGAAUUGGCACCAACUGUACAAGGUGUGAUGAUAGGCCGUGGGGCACUUAUAAAGCCUUGGAUAUUUACUGAAAUUAAAGAACAAAGACUGUGGGACAUCAGUAGCCAUGAAAGGUUCGAAAUUUUGAAGAAAUAUACUAAUUACGGCUUAGAACACUGGGGCUCUGAUACUCAGGGUGUUGAAAAUACUAGACGGUUUCUACUGGAGUGGCUUUCAUUUUUAUACCGAUAUGUCCCAGUAGGCCUCCUUGAACGGCCACCACAAAAAAUCAAUGAAAGACCUCCAGUAUAUUUUGGCCGUGAUGAUAUGGAGACCCUGAUGGCUUCCGGAAACUGUGCUGAUUGGAUUAAAAUUAGUGAAAUGCUGUUAGGUCCAACCCCAGAAGGAUUCCAGUUCCUUCCCAAACACAAAGCCAAUUCAUAUGAGUGAAAUAUAGAUGUCUAUUUUUAUAGCUGUUUAUGUCUAUAGCUGUUGUAUCUAUUAGAUAUUUUGGGAUGGAAAUAUUGAAUUUAAAUUCAAGGAUUACCUAUUGCCUAAUUAUUAUUUAUUGUAGACUUAAAACUGUUUUGAAAUACUAUUUUAUUGAUAUAUUUUGUUGCCAAAAAUGUAAUUUGACAAAAAAAAAAUCUAAGUAAAGGAUAAAAUAUAGCCUGGCAAUGGGGCACCAUAGGUGGCCCCGAGGUUUUAAUUAAUUAAUUACCAAGUUUUUAAAA